AUGCAAGCACCCUCAAAUCCUGUACCAAACAAUCCGGCUUCGAUAUUCAACAAAAUCGGCCCUCUACUCCCCAGAUUCACAGCCUUAAAGACGGUAGACCUGAGAAACCACGAAUACACCCCAGAAGCCGCACUGCGGCAAAUGCAAACGAUCCGAAUGAUCUUGGUCUCAUGCCCGUCCCUAAAAGACCUCUCUAUCCAGAUCAAUUGCGAUAGCCAAGUAAAGCUGCUGGAAUUGAAUUCACUGGAAGUUGGACACCACCCAGGUCAAAACCACUCUCGUUUGACGGCGUUAACCAUCCAGUUAACGGAGACAUGCUACGAUAACAACUUAGAACCGGUCCAGAAUUUGUUAAAUUCUCUCUGCAAACUAUUACACCAUUCGGCUAGGACCGUUAAGCGAUUAGAGUUUGGGUUUGAAGUCAAACGAUUGGUAGAUGAUCCAUAUUGUAGUUCUUGGUAUACGUAUUGGCCCUCGAGGGAGAGUCAAAACUGGGUUAGAUUGGACUUACCGCUUGUAGAAGUCGCCUGUCUGGACAUGCGUCAGGGUGGAUUGUCUGGACUGAUGGUAUCUGAAUACAUUCAUUUUGAUCCAACAAAAGUCAAAACACUGAGAUUGACCAGCGCUGAGAAAAUCUUGGAUCUCACUAAGGAAGAAUCUGUAUUGUACGCGAGUAAAUAUCUCGCGAAAUUCACAAACGUGGAAGUUAUAGAGCUUUGGCCUCUCGUAGACUCCACGUGGGUGCAUGGUGUAUUCGCAGCGAGAAGAAGUAUUAAGACUUUAAGGGAACUCCGAGUUCUAAUAGAUGGUUUAUGCCUUUUGCCGGGCUCGGCCAGAUUUUCUCUGCUUUUAGAGGUGAUCAACAAAUACGGAUUACAAUACCAGGCUCAGGUUUUGAACACCACAAACCCUUGCGGCUUAUUCCAGGAUGUUGUAGUUGUCUUUCAAUUUUGA